AUGUAUGGUUUUUUCACCAAUCUUUUCACUAGUGUUGGCCAGAGAGAUUUUGGGGAGGCCUUAUCGGUGGUUGAGCCAGUAAUUUCGGAUGUCAUGAAUUGCCAAUUGACUGCCUCAAUCUGUGAUGAAGAAAUUAAAGGGGCUAUUUUUCAGCUUGGAGCCCUCAAAUCGCCCGGGCCAGAUGGUUUUCCAGGUUUUUUCUAUCAGACAUAUUGGGAUACUAUGGGCGAUCAGGUGUGCAAAGCGGUGAAAAGUUUCUUUUUGGGAGGUCAUUUGCUCAAGGAACUUAAUCAAGCAAAUUUAGUCCUUCUCCCUAAAGUUGCUAACCCGGUCAAAUUGUCUCAUUUUCGCCCUAUCAGUUUGUGUAAUUUUAGCAUGAAGAUCAUUACAAAAAUCCUGGCUAAUAGACUGAAAAAAAUUCUGAAGGGUCUUAUCUCUCCGAACCAAUCUGCUUUUGUUCCCGGACGCUUGAUUCAAGAUAACAUCAUUGUAGCCCAUGAGGCUUUCCAUUUUUUGAAGCUACAAAAGAAAGGGUCGUUAGGACACAUGGCCGUCAAACUUGAUUUCAACAAAGCCUAUGACCGUGUUGAAUGGGAUUUCCUGUCUACACUCCUGCAAAAGAUGGGAUUUCAUACUGUUUGGAUUCGGUGGGUCAUGGAGUGUGUGACUACGGUCACUUUCUCAAUUUUUGCAAAUGGUGAAAAACGGGCUUCUAUAAUUCCAACUCGUGGACUUCGUCAAGGUGACCCUUUAUCCUCGUACCUGUUUAUUUUGGUGGCCGAUGUGCUCUCCAAACUUUUAACUCGAAGUCUUCGUAAUAACUUGCUCUCGGGUUUUAAGUUAGCUAGGCACUGCCCUACCUUGUCCCACCUUUUUUUUGCGGAUGAUGUACUCCUUUUUCUUAAAGCAAAUGUUGAAGAAUGUACUCAUAUGCUAGCUAUUCUCAAGAUCUACUGCGAAGCCUCGGGUCAGUUGGUAAAUUUUGAGAAAUCUAGUGUCCAGUUUUCAGCCAACACUCCUGCCACUGUUAGCUCCUCUAUCUGCAAUGCAGCUGGCCUAAGUGUGUCUCAUCCUAAUUCGAAGUCCUUAGGCUUGCCAUCUUUUUGGGGGCGAUCUAAAGCGGAAGCCUAUGAGUAUCUUAUUGAGCGGAUCCUGUCCAAAUUGCAAGGUUGGAAACAAAAUUUGUUGUCCCAAGCUGGGAAGGAGAUCUUGAUUAAGGCGGUGGUUCAGGCCAUCCCAUCUUAUGCCAUGGCGUGCUUUGCCUUUCCUAAAAAAUUCUGUGACAAACUUAAUGCUUACAUUCGAAAUUUUUGGUGGAGAGGAGAUCCAGAAGGGAAGGGGAUUAAUUGGUUGAAUUGGGGUCAUAUGACUUUGCCGAAUCAUCAAGGAGGUAUGGGUUUUAGAGACUUUAAUUCUUUCAAUUUGGCUCUCUUAGCUCGGCAAGUGAACGAUGGAGCUGCCAUCAAUUUCUGGGAUGACAAAUGGAUUCCUUCAAUUCCUGGGUUCAAAGUUCUCUCAUCGAAACCUACGGAGUCUGGGAUUCAACAUGUUCAGGAUGUUAUUGAUGCCCACUCAACGAGCUGGAGGAUUGAAUCUUUGACAAACCUGGUGUCUGAAGUCGAAGUCGAAGCUAUUAGAUUAAUCCCAAUUGCUAUGGACAACUCAGCUGACUCCCUUGUUUGGCAUUUUGAGGCCAAAGGCGAGUAUUCGGUGCGAUCAGGUAAUUCCACAGCUUUGACUAAAGUGAGCAGGGGUAUUUCUUCCCCUCCUUCUUCCUCUUUCCAGCCUCCUAAAAAUUUUUGGAAGUUGUUGUGGGCUUUAAAGGUUCCUCCGAAACUCAAAAAUUUUUGGUGGUGGGUGUGCAAGAAUGGGCUCGCUACUAAAGUAAAUUUGUAUCGGAGGCGGUGUGCUCCUUCGAAUCUUUGCCCGAUUUGCCAAGAGUUUCCUGAAACUAUAGAACAUCUUCUUUUUGGUUGUGAUUGGGUCCGAGCAGUUUGGUUUGGCUGUGAUCUCAAGUUUCCUAUUGUUGAAGGUCCUAGCUGCUCGGUUCUACGUUGCUCCUGUAAUCUGUUAGAACAACUUCAUUCUGUUCAUGAGUGGGAAAAUCUUCUUAUCUUUGUUGUGUGGAUUGGGUGGUAUAUUUGGAAAGCCCGAAACAACUUGGUUUUCAACCAUCAUCCUAUAGAGCCCUCCUCGACGUUAUAUCGAGCUCGAGUGGUGAAGGAGGAGUUCGACUCAGCUACUGCUCCUGGGGCUGUGAGGCAACACCAAAGUCUGCUGGAUUGUCUUCCAAGGGUGGCCGACUGGCAAGCCCCCAGCACCGGGUCCUUCAAAAUUAAUUGUAUGUGGCUAUCAAAAAGGGUUCUCAUUCGGCUUCAACUGCAGUACUUCUGCGAGAUGAUAGGGCGCCAACACCGAUGCCAAGCUCCAAUUUUCGCUCCUGCCGGUAGAACUCGCAGUCGUAAACGCCGAGAUUCUGAGGCAUUGGCUUACAACCCAGCCAAUCCCCCAAUCACCCUUCCAGCAAUACACUUCGGCACCAAAGUAACUGUUGCUUCCACUGCCGACAAAAUAGGACGUAAACCAGCCAUCGUUGAGGAUCUCCUUGCCAAUAUCCCCGGGGUUAUGAUGGUGCAAUCCUCAUCUUCUUCGUCCCAAUCAAAGCCAAAGCCGAAAAGAGUGAAGAAGGCCAAGACUAAGGCCACAGUGACUCAAAUUGACUCUAAGGACACUGUGCCAAUCUCAAAAUUAGCUGAGGUCGAGAAGAACCAAAUUCCUGCCGAGAAAAGGCUAGCCGAGGCUGAUGCAUCAGAUUGCCAACCAUCUAAAAGGCCGAGGUCUGAUUAA